AUGUCCCAGUUUUCCAGAUUUUCUCGCGUCUUUCGCGGCCAUCCCGGCCGCUGGGCCAUUGGCACUGCUAAGACACUUGCCUUCUGUCAUAUUGUCUGGACCUAUGGCUACAGCGUCGGUCCAGCGUCGGGUCCUAGCAUGCUGCCCACCUUUUCAAUUGCGGGCGACUGGCUGCUAGUCUCAAAACGGUACCGCUGGGGCCGUGAUUUGCGUGUCGGUGACCUCGUCGUAUAUCGGAUCCCUGUCGAACCAGCAGAUGAGGCGGUCAAGCGGGUCAUGGGAAUGCCGGGAGAUUAUGUGUUGGUGAACUCGCCCGAAGGCACGAGCGACCUUAUGAUCCAAGUGAGUACAGUGGCCCUGGUAUGA